AUGGAGCUACUACCUGCUGUGGUGUACAUGCGUCAACUGGUCGUGUCCGUACCCCUGGUGCGCUCUGUCUACAUGUGGAUUCGAAUAGUCACAGACUGGCUAUCCAUAUUCUCACUACCUCUGUAUCAUUUAUUCAUCUGUAAUCAUGAUGGCGCCUACUCGAACACUAUAACUCGUAUUGAUGGAUUCCCACUUCCCGUGUUCUUGAACGAGACAGCCGUGGAAAGAAUCAGAAAUUUCCCCGUGGAAACUAAUGACGUAUUCAUCGUGGGAUUUCCGAAAUCUGGUACGACCUGGUUGCAGAUUGUAUUGUCAUCGUUGUAUGAAGAUUGGGGGACAUGCCGAAUGAACUCACAUCGCCGAGUACCGAUGCUAGAGAUGCCCACCGUACCUGGCGUGGAAGGGUACAGACAUUGUUUGGAAGCUCCCUCGCCAAGACUCAUUAAAUCUCACUUGCCGUACAACUAUUUUCCAGUACGCCGAAGUGACGUUGGAUGCAAAAUUAUCUAUAUAUGUAGGAACCCUAAAGAUGUCUGUGUGUCUUUCUUUCAUUAUCUGAAAGGUUACCGAGUGUUAGAUGGUGAUAAUGCUUGGGAAAAUUUUGUUACAAACUUUUUAUCGGGCGAUAUAGUAUACGGUUCGUGGUUAGAUCAUGCGAUGGGCUGGUUAGGUAACGUAGAUGACAAUAUUUUGUUUCUAACUUACGAAGAUACGAUGAAAGAUCCUGAGAAAAUGUUCAGAAAAAUCGUGAAAUUUAUAGGUCGGCCCGUCUGUGAAGAUAAGUUUAACGAAGUGGUUGAAGCUAGUGAUUUUAGAAAUAUGAAGAAUAUUAGUCGCGACAGGCUAUCGAUUCCACGGAUGUUUUACGAUCAUAAAUCAGCCCCAUUUUUUCGGAAGGGAACCGUGGGAGACUGGAAGAACCAUUUCUCGAAGGAAGAAAAUGAGGCAUUUUAUCGACAAUUCGGAAAAAAAUUGAAGGCGAGAAACUUGGAUUAUUUGUACCAAUAA